AUGUCUCAAAAUAAUUAUAAUAGAAUUAAGAAUGACGGAAUAGGUCAAAAUUAUAUAUCUGAUGAAGAGUUAGAAAUAACUAAAAAUUCUACUGAACAUAUUGAAGAUAAUGAAAUAAAUGAUGAGAGUGAACUUAAAGAUUCUUUUAGUACUACUAUUUGGCUAUAUUCUGAUAUUAAUAAGCUUCUCGAUAUAUUGGCUAUAAAUUGGAAACUUUAUACAACUAAUAAAACAAGGUUCUAUAGAUGUGCUGCCUAUAAGUUAGGAAAUAAUAAAAUGGGAAAACAAGUAAAAGCUAAGUUGCUUAGCCUUCGAACAAAAUAUAUUAAUGAAAAAAAAGAAGUAACUG